AUGGUCGACGUCGUAUACAAGGGGGUUCACAGCUGUGCCGGCGUGCAUUCCGACAGCCAGAGAUCAUCCGCCGCGAGCUCUAAGUCUAACCUGCGGCCGACGAAGAGCAUGCAGGUGAGGGCGAGCUCCAAGGACGUCGGCCCCCCAGACGACGGUUACAGCUGGAAGAGGUACGGCCAGAAGAACAUCUUCGGCGCUAAUUACCCAAGAUGCUACUACCGGUGUAUACACAAGACCACGACGGGCUGCACUGCGACAAAAAAUGCACAGGCCACCGAUGGUGACCCACUCCUCUUCGACGUCGUGUACCACGGGGAGCACACCUGCGAUCUGCAGAGCACGCACUCCAACGACGUCGAACCGAUCAGGCCGCAGUCUGGGCUCGACGACGACAUGUGUACCGACGAUACGACGACUGUCUCCACACGCCACGACAGCAACACGGAUGCGUCCUCAAUUAGUUUUCAAUUAGAUUGGACCAAUUGCAAAGACGAAUCGGAUGGCCCUCCCACCACCCUAUAA